UAGUAUCUAACUGACUCUUUACCAAGGCCCCCCAAUCAUAUCUUCACAGUUAAAAUCAAACAUCUCAAACAAUCUUCUCGGAAACUGGGUGCUCGGAGGAAUCCUGUUAAUAAUCGAUGCUUCUAUGUAUAUGAUAUCACAGGCGAUUGUCCUUAAGAAAUACCCUGCUGCAGUAAUCACUCUAAUGUUCUCGUACUGUCUUAUCUGCACCGUUUUAUCCGGUGCAGUUUCUUUGAUUGUCGAAACUGACCUAAGUAGCUUCAGUUUAGAGCCUUAUUCGAGACUGUUUUCCGUCCUUUUCUCGGGGAUAUUCGGGUAUGCUUUUCUCGUUACAGUUCAAUCAUGGUGUGUGCGAAAAGAGGGGCCCACUUUUUGUAGCUAUGUUUCAUCCGGUUGGAAUUGUGAUCGGUGUCAUCUUUUUAGGCGACGGUUUCUAUCUUGGAAGUUUGUUGGGAUCAAUUAUUGUUGUCAUCGGAUUUUAUACCGUGAUGUGGGGAAAAGCCCAAGAACAAAAGAUAUUGGACUCGAGUGUGAGCUCAAAGUUGGACGAUGAAACCGCCCCUCUCUUGCAAGAUGCACCAUAGACCGAAGGUCAACUCGCGCGCAUGGACGGGUCAAUGUCAAAUGUAAUUUCAAAUCCAAGAUUCUAUAUUUUCUGUAUUUUUAGAAACUGGGACUAAAUUUUAGAUUAUUAAUUGAUUAA